AUGAGUAAGUUAGAAAUAGUGUAUAUGAUGAAUGUUGCGCUUUAUAUCAACACUGUAGAGUCUCUUAAAACCUUUAUGGAAGUCAACAAGAAGUGUAGUUCUUGUCUUAGUGGUCUCUAUAUCAACCCAUUCAUAGAUGUCUCAGUCCAAUCUUUUUCAAUGUUCAAAGAGCAGCGCAAGGCGCUGUACACUUCGAUAUUUCUAUUUCUAUUAAAGGCGUUCCCCAAAAUUGAAACGUUGCAGUGUGUUGAUUACAUGUUGGGAGAUGCCAAUAAGGUGAUAAAUAAAGUGAAGAAAAUCCGCCUUGUGAAGACUCCACACAACAGAAAUCGGUUAUCUGUUGUUGUUGCAUGCGCACACAACCACCCUAAAAUUGCGCCUCAAGCAAUUCUAAAAAUAGUGAAUUUGUGUUUAUACCAAAUGAGAUGUAUACGAGUCUUGAGAGUGUGCAGAUCGAUGGGUGGAUCCGCAACAAAGAUCUGCUGA